ACAAAACACUUGAAAAGAAAACUAAAAGAGGGACAAAAACAUCACAGAAUUUUAUUUUUCAACAAAAAUAUCAAUUUUCCUCAAUUAAAAAUUUGAGAAACAGGAGAUUUUUCCAAUAAAAAAGGGAAUUUCAUCAUCUGAUGAGCAAAAAUGUCAGAUAGCCCGGAAAUGGGUUUAGAAAUUGAGGAUCCCGGAAAUCCGAAUGUCCGGGAAGAUGGGCGCUAUUGCUGGGUAUGUUUUGCAACUGAUGAUGACGAUGCCCUCGCUCUGUGGGUCCAGCCAUGCAAAUGCAGCGGAACUACCAAGUGGGUUCAUCAAGUUUGUCUACAACGCUGGGUAGAUGAGAAGCAAAAAGGCAAUUCACUGAAAUGUGUAGUUUGCCCCCAAUGUCAAACGGAGUACAUAAUAGUCUUCCCCAAUAUGGGACCUAUGGUGAACUUCUUAGAAGUUGUUGACACCCUCAUCAAGCGUCUAAGUCCAUUCUUAGCUGCUGGUGUGGUUGUUGGAUCUCUGUAUUGGACAGCUGUUACGUACGGAGCCAUAACAAUUUUACAGGUGGUUGGUCACAAAGAAGGACUAUCUGUAAUGGAAAACUCUGAUCCACUUGUCCUUCUUAUUGGUCUCCCAGCCAUUCCAGUUGGAUUGGUGUUGGGAAAAAUGAUCCGAUGGGAGGAUGCUAUCCUGAGAUUUCUCCAAAAUCGACGAACAGUCGCCAGAAAAUUCCCUCUCCUCAACUUAGUUCUUCCGAUUAGCGAAAGUGAGGAGCAUGAAACAAACGAAAGUACACCUUCACCACCAAUUCUAUCAGAUCCCGUGUCAGCAACACGAAUUCUCUGUGGAGCUAUCCUUUUGCCAACUGUGUCCUCAAUUGUAGGGCGUGUAUUCUUCGAGUCAAUUCAGAAUAAUUUGCAUCGUACAAUAAUUGGUGGCCUGGCGUUUAUAACUGUUAAGGGUGCCCUUAAGAUUUACCACAAACAGCAGCAAUUUAUUCGUAAGAAGCAACGAAAGAUCCUAGAUUAUAACGAGGAGAACGUGUUGACUUAUGUGACGAGAAAUCCACGAGCAUCGCGCUCUACCCAAGCUCCACAGUCUUAAAAAAAAUUUCUAGGAAGGAAUUCUCCUCCUAUGCUUCACUUGUUGGUGACAUUUAUUCGAAGAAUAAAAGAGAAUGAAUGAAAUAUAUUUAUAUUGCGAUAAGACACACAUUUAUUGAGCAAGAUAUUUUAAUUAAUGUCAAAAAAAAGGCACAUAAAAUUCUAUUUCGCAGUUUAAA